GAGAUCGUUGAAAUCAGCUUUAUGGGCAUGAAAAAGGAACUCUUUAUACAGGAAAAGAUGACAUUAGAAAAACAUUAUUUUCAUCGAACGCCCGUGUAUGUGUUCUCCCUUUUUAAAGAUUAUUGCACUAACCUUCCUUGGUUUCACACACAAUCUCGUAACCAAGCUCGCAACAAUUGUGAACAAGCCAAACUAGAAAGUUCCAUCCAUCCAUUUAUUUAUACCCAAGCUCACAACAAACCUCACAAUGAUUGUGACGGCCCGACACAACGGUUGUGA